GGGGUUUCAAUCUGAAUAAUUGAAGAGCGAUUCAGCAACGUCCGCUGUCUCCUGCCUUCCUUUAUCACUACCACCGCCCUCAUCUCAGCUCUAAGUGCAGACCGCCGGACAUUAGCAUCCAGUUCAGGCCAUCACCUCCAGCCCCUCUGACGUUUGUGCCCAAGACCAGGCUGCUGUGUCUUCCACUGGGCCUUUCAUGAAAGGACAAGCACUAAUUGCUCCAUGAGUUCCAGGAUCAUCCACUAAGGCUCCCAUAGGCCUUUCUAUCUAUCAGCAAACCUUCACUGCAACCCUACUGUUAAAGAUGAGUGGCUUUCUGGCCUCACUGGACCCGAGGCGGGUACAGUGGGGAGCCGCCUGGUAUGCAAUGCACUCUCGGAUCCUGCGCACCAAACCAGUGGAGUCCAUGCUGGAGGGAACUGGGACCACCUCGGCGCAUGGUACCAAGCUAGCCCAGGUUCUCACCACUGUAGACCUCAUCUCUCUUGGAGUCGGCAGCUGUGUGGGCACUGGCAUGUAUGUGGUGUCUGGCCUGGUGGCCAAGGAGAUGGCAGGGCCUGGGGUCAUCGUGUCCUUCAUCAUUGCUGCUGUUGCAUCUAUAUUAUCAGGUGUGUGCUAUGCAGAGUUUGGAGUCCGAGUCCCCAAGACCACAGGAUCUGCCUACACCUACAGCUAUGUCACCGUUGGGGAGUUCGUGGCAUUUUUCAUCGGCUGGAACUUGAUUCUGGAGUACCUGAUUGGCACGGCAGCUGGUGCCAGUGCUCUGAGCAGUAUGUUUGACUCCCUGGCAAACCACAGCAUCAGCCGCUGGAUGGUGGACACCGUGGGAACCCUCAACGGCCUGGGGAAAGGGGAAGAGUCGUACCCAGACCUUCUGGCUCUGGUGAUUGCCGUCAUCGUGACCAUCAUUGUGGCUCUGGGAGUGAAAAACUCUGUGGGCUUCAACAACGUCCUCAAUGUGCUGAACCUGGCAGUGUGGGUGUUCAUCAUGAUCGCAGGCCUCUUCUUCAUCAAUGGCAAAUACUGGGCUGAAGGCCAGUUCUUGCCCCACGGAUGGUCAGGGGUGCUGCAAGGAGCAGCCACGUGCUUCUAUGCUUUCAUUGGCUUUGACAUCAUUGCCACCACGGGUGAGGAAGCCAAGAACCCCAACACAUCCAUCCCUUACGCCAUCACGGCAUCCCUGGUCAUCUGCCUGACAGCGUAUGUGUCUGUGAGCAUGAUCUUAACCCUGAUGGUACCAUAUUACGCCAUUGACACAGAGUCCCCGCUCAUGGAGAUGUUUGUGGCCCAUGGCUUCUAUGCUGCGAAGUUUGUAGUGGCCAUUGGCUCGGUGGCAGGACUGACCGUCAGCUUGCUGGGCUCCCUGUUCCCCAUGCCCAGGGUCAUUUACGCCAUGGCUGGCGAUGGGCUGCUUUUCAGGUUCCUGGCUCACGUGAGCUCCUACACAGAGACACCAGUGGUAGCUUGCAUAGUGUCAGGCUUCCUGGCUGCUCUCCUCUCUCUGCUGGUGAGCCUGAGGGACCUCAUAGAGAUGAUGUCCAUCGGCACGCUCCUCGCCUACACCCUGGUCUCUGUCUGUGUCUUGCUUCUUCGGUAUCAACCUGAGAGCGACAUCGAUGGUUUUGUCAAGUUCCUGUCUGAGGAGCACACCAAGAAGAAGGAAGGCAUCCUGGCUGACUGUGAGAAGGAAACUUGUUCUCCUGUGAGUGAAGGGGAGGAAUUUUCCAGCCCAGCCACCAACACCUGUGGGGCCAAAAACCUGCCGUCCUUGGGAGACAAUGAGAUGCUCAUAGGGAAAUCAGAUAAGUCCGCCUACAACGUCAACCACCCCAACUACGGCACUGUGGAUAUGACCACGGGCAUAGAAGCCGAUGAAUCAGAAAACAUCUAUCUCAUCAAGUUGAAGAAGCUGAUCGGACCCCGUUACUACACCAUGAGAAUCCGGCUGGGCCUUCCAGGCAAAAUGGACCGGCCCACGGCGGCGACCGGGCACACGGUGACCAUCUGCGUGCUCCUGCUGUUCAUCCUCAUGUUCAUCUUCUGCUCCUUCAUCAUCUUUGGCUCUGAGUACAUCUCAGGCCAGAGCUGGUGGGCCAUCCUUCUGGUCGUUCUGAUGAUGCUGCUGAUCAGUGUGCUGGUGUUUGUAAUCCUGCAGCAGCCAGAGAACCCCAAGAAGCUGCCGUACAUGGCCCCCUGCCUCCCCUUUGUACCUGCCUUUGCCAUGUUGGUGAAUAUCUAUCUCAUGCUAAAGCUCUCCACCAUCACAUGGAUCCGGUUUGCGGUCUGGUGCUUUGUGGGUAUGCUCAUUUAUUUUGGGUAUGGCAUCUGGAACAGCACCUUGGAAAUCAGCGCCCGAGAGCAAGCCCUGCAUCAGAGCACGUACCAGCGCUACGAUGUGGAUGAUCCCUUUUCUGUGGAGGAGGGGUUCUCCUACGCCACCGAGGGCGAGAGCCAGGAGGACUGGGGUGGGCCCGCCGAGGACAAAGGCUUCUAUUACCAACAGAUGUCAGAUGCGAAGGCAAACAGCCGGACGAGUAGCAAAGCGAAAAGCAAAAGCAAACACAAACAGAACUCGGAGGCCCUGAUUGCAAAUGACGAGUUAGAUUGCUCUCCGGAGUAAGACUAACCGCGCAGGAGCCUAGAGAGGGUGGUUUCUUAGUACAUCAGCCUAUGUGCUAGAAGGUGGAAACUUCUUCCAACUCUCAUUUCACAAACCCAGCCUUUCCCCAAGGUCCAUCCCCAGGCAUAACCUGUCAUUUGCUACUUUUGCUCUUCAGGGGAAUUCUGUUGAAGGGUUUUACCCAGGGCCCUUAACUAGCCCUCUUGUUAAACAAACAAACAAACAAAAAUCAAACUCAAAAGACUACAUGAAAUUCUGUUAGUGAGAUGCCCAGCCGAUGGCAGCAAAUGUUUGCUUUGCAGGAUGGAUCUUUGUGCUUCUUACAGAGAUGGAGGAAGCUUCCUCCAUCCCACCUGAGAACACAGCCCCGGGGGAAGGAGCCACAAAGGUGGCGGCAGUGCAGUGUGAGGCAGCUGUCAGCCCAUCCAGAGCAGCGCUGUGAGCUCCUCCCCCAGGUCAGUAGGUCAGGCUGUUUCAGGACUUUCUCUGUCAGCAACACUGUGUCCUUACAUCUCACCUCACCUUCUCACUAAACUUCCCACUAACCGUGGAGCAGACCCACGGUUCCUCACUCACCAAAGUUCUUACAGUUUCCAGACUAUAAUUUUAGGAUCCAGAAAGGACUCGGAGAACGCAUCCCCCACAAAGCACCCAUGCAGACACAGUAGUAUAGUUAGACCCACCAUCAGAGCUUGAGGAAAAAAAAAAAGGUAAAAGCUUAGAUAGCAAUCUCUUACAGAGGUCAGAAAAGCAUUGGCAGACAUGAACUGUCUGUCAUGCAUUCCCUUAUACCAGACCUUGAGCUCCUGCCACGAUGGUGAAAGGGCAGAGGUGGGCUGUGACGCCAUGCCUCUGAUAUGCCUGGAAUAAGUAGGCUAUUUGUUUUACAAUCUGAUAAAAAGUCUUUUCGAGGAGAAGUAACUCUGCCACUGAGAUCACAUUACAAAUCUUACUUCAUAUUUCUAAAAUUAUAAACUCUGCAGAGGGUUUUUUUUUUUUUAAUUUUUCAAGCUAGGCAACCACUUGGCUGGCUGCUGCUGUUGAAAACGGUGGUGCAGAAGGCCAGGGACUUAGGUCAAUGAGCUCAGAGAGAUCACACUCCCACACGGACCUCAUGCUUCGGAAGAGCUCGCUUUUAGAGUAUUUUUUCCUGUUCCUUCCCAAAGUACUUUCACAGAGCCCCAGAGAAAUGCUACCUGGUGACAUUUAAGUGUAGGCCACCGGAGGAAUGCUUAAAAGAAUUUUCCCAAAACAGGACAGAUGAAUCUGUGACAGGAAAAGCCUGUGAGUUAUAUCCCCCCAGCAGCCAUGGAUCCCAUGGCUUCAACAGCGGGUGUACUUGUGUAUGAAGACAAUUUUCCUCACACUAAGAUUUUUGUGAGAAUUUUCUGGAAGUAGGGCAAAGACCAAACCCCCUCUUUAUCAUCUGCCAAAAAUUCUCCUGAGAAUCAACAAACAUUCUCCUUUCUUAAAGUCUGAAGCUGAUGUCUUCUUGGCAUGCACUAGAGUUACAGAGAAAAGGUGCGCUUCCUGUUGCGCUAACUCGCUGAAAUACACCAGUGGCUAAGUGGCAGGCAUGAGGAGACCUGUAACUUCCUCCCUUGGAGCUUACAGUACAGGGAGGUGCAGUUUUGGAGCCCCAUGACCAAUGCAAGAGGCAUACCAGAAAAAUAUCAGUUGAAAUUAUUUUUUAAGACAAUGCAUAAUAAAUUGCAUACCAUGCCCCUAGCUAGUCUAUGCCAUUGCAAUCAAAUAAUUACAGUUUUUAGAUCACUUCAUAUUAAUUACAUAGAACCCAGUAUAUUCAUGGUAUCAUUUUUAUGUAAAGUCUGACAAAACUGUGUAUCCUCUUUCUUAAACUUAACCACCAUGAUCCAGUGUCUGGCCUGCGACAAAUCACCCUGGAAAAUUCACUGUCAAAUUGAUCUCAUGAUGUUAAAACCUAAGUUUUAAACUGGUUUAGGAGCAAGAAAUCUGCCUGGUUAAAUUGCAUCUAUUAAGCUGAAGUCGUGGGUAACCUUCUCUCCCUUAGGUGUGUUUAGAAGAAAUAUGGAUACAAAGUGACAGAUUUUCAUGUGAGUAGAAAGUUUCCUUUUACUGCUGGUGUUUAGGUAUAAAAGUAGCAAUGGUCUGGUGGCAGCUGUGUGCAUCUUCUGUAGCCUAAGAGAGUGAGCAUGGGUUAUAUUAGUUAAUGCUAUUGGUGUUGAUUCUGUGCAGAGCCAAGGAAUUGAUCUCAUUUCAUAAGCCAUUUGUCUCCGUUGGUAGCUUUGGAUGUCUUUGCUCUCUUUAUUUUUCUAACAUUGUUGGGGUCAUCUUCUUAGCUAUCUUGGUUUUUUAAACAUUGUUUGGAAAGUUUUCUCAGGUACAUAGCAAGGUUCAUUGUGUUUCUCAGCUCUUAUGGAAGAGUCCCAGGUUUCACAAGGCAACUUUCAAAUACCAUCAACCACAGAAAUGACAAUAUCAGCUAACAUAUCUGAAUACUGUAUUUGUGAGGUUUCAUUAAAAGAAGGGUCCCUUUAUAAAUAUUUAUCUUAGGAAAUCUCUUCUGGUGGGUUUCAGUGUGUGUGAAGCCGAUAAUUUAAUAUCUUUGAAUUCUAUUUAUUUAUCAAUACUCUGCAUCAUUUCAGAAAGAUUGGAGGCAGCUAUUAAAAUGCAUGUGCUCGGGCUGGUGAGAUGGCUCAGUGGGUAAGAGCACCCGACUGCUCUUCCGAAGGUCUGGAGUUCAAAUCCCAGCAACCACAUGGUGGCUCACAACCACCCAUAAUGAGAUCUGAUGCCCUCUUCUGGUGUGUCUGAAGACAGCUACAGUGUACUUACGUAUAAUAAAUAAGUAAAUAAAUCUUAAAAAAAAAAUGCAUGUGCUCCAAAACAAAAGGGGUGAGCACAACUGAAACAGAAGAGAGGGUAACACUAAGCCAGAAGUGUGUAUAGUGCACAGGUGCAGAACUUUCAAGGGCUUGGCUACAUUUUCCGAUGAAGGGUGUCUUAGUCAGGGUUUCUAUUCCUGCACAAACAUCAUGACCAAGAAGCAAGUUGGGGAGGAAAGGGUUUAUUCAGCUUACACUUCCACAUUGCUGUUCAUCACCAAGGAAGUCAGGACUGGAACUCAAGCAGGUCAGGAAGCAGGAGCUGAUGCAGAGGCCAUGGAGGGAUGUGCCUUACUGGCAUCUUGGAAAAUAAUAGACUUGUCAGUAAUGACAACCAGUACUGCUACAUGAUUAAAAUAAGCCCUUCCCCCAUAAGGGCACAGACCUCUAAAGUCCACAGAGAAGCGUCAAGCCUAAGUUGCACAGCCACAUGCGCCUGCUGGGUAGUGGCUAUCAAGAAAUAACAGCGAGGUGGUGGUGGCACACACCUUUAACCCCAGCACUCAAAGGCAGAGGCAGGCAGAUCUCUGAGUUUGAGGCUAGCCUGAUCCACAGAGGGAGUUCCGAGACAGACAGGGAUACACAGAGAAAUUCUGUCUUGGAAGAAAAAAAGAAAUAAUCUUGUGAUAGGUUGCAUGGGAAAACUGAGUGAAUGAAUGAAAUAGAGAGGAAUCAGCUAUUCAGCAGUUAUUCAUACUGCACCCACUGUGUGCUCUAGUGUAUUGUGAUGCCAUAAUAUGUGAAAGGCUUCACUCCUAAGAAUGAGAUCUGUGGCUGGCCAGACAGACAUGGGGUCAAAGGCGUGCCUCACCUAGCUUCACUUUGACCCUUGGACCCUGCAUGGAUAUGAAAGGAGAGCACUGACUCCACCUCAUUAUUCUCUGAUGUGAGUGCUCUGGAACACAUGCACACAUGCUCACCUCUGGGCUUGUCAUUGCUAAAAUUCAGUCCGUUUUGGAAAAUAAGACCAAGAGAAGUGUCUACACUGCUGAAAGGGCUUCAGACACUGAACACCCUUUAAAUCACUCGUAUUAGAAAGCACAUUACCAGAGACUCCCUCUUCUAAAUAUACAGAAUCAUAAAGAGAAUUUCCAUCUGUCCGAGUAUCCACCCGAGAGAGACUAGGGAAAAUCACUGUCUCAUCUGCCACUGGGUUUUCCCCAGGGGCUGAGGGAAUUCCUGAGAUCCAGACAGAGGCUUCCUACCUUCUGUCUAAUGCUCUGUGAUAUAAGGUCAAAAGACAGGAUAAGGUGAAGCCAGAACGGGAUCCGCUCAGGAAGUCCUGGGGGCACUGGUCCAUCCUUAGACUCUAGUCUCCACAUAGGGAGUGGGCCAGAGCUGGCUUCUAUUUCCUAUGGAGAGGUAGGGAAGAGAGCUAAGAAAAGGUGCCAGGGCAGGGUGGUGGGGUUUCUCUGCACUCUUGUGCCUGGUUCAAAGAGACUUGUUAAGGCAGGGGUUUCCAACACAUCUUUAGGAAGUCUCCCUCUGUCAGCCCUGCUCCCCGGUUUUAAUGCUGAUCAUUCGUUUAUCCACAGAGAGGCCCUUUGGAGACCCUAAGGCCAGCUGUGAAUCAGCAGUGGCCUGACCUUGUAAAAGUUCCCAGUUUCAGUUAACAUUAUUUCAGGCUAGAAACAGCACCCCAACCCACAGUCCCCACACCAGCAGGACCAGAGGCUGUCUCCUCCCAGAACUGUCUCGGAGUGUAUGUUUGACUGCUGACAGACAGACAGUAAAACACCUCUGCCAGCCUUAUGUCCUGCUUUACUUUCUCUAAUACGUUAGAACAGGGACCGUCUCAUUUGCCUUUUUUUUUUAAAUCCUUAAAAGCAACUUCCUUUCUGGACCGCUUUCCUCGUGGCUGCCCCGCUCUCUUCACUCACUUCACUUCGUUUCAGCAGCUCACGAGUCAUUCUGAAACACUCAGGCACAUGCCUUUUGCCAAAAUUACUUCUCUAAGAAAUAUAGAACAUGGAGCAGGAGAGCGAGCUCAGCAGUGAAAAGCACUCGCUAUUCUUCCGCAGGACCUGAGUUUGAUCCCCAGGGCUCACCAAUGUCCUCCGCCCACCUGUCACUCCAGCUCCAGGGGCUACAGUGCCCUCUUCUGUCCUCCUCGGGUACUGAACUCGCGUGAACAUACACACAGUCACAUACACACAUAUAUUUUUAAAUAAAAAGGUUUUUUUGAAGAAACAUGGGAUAUUCUCGUUUCAUGUUUAGGGAUUAAAAGCCCCAAAGUGUUUAAGUUAAAGUCUACCAGAAAUACAUAUGUAUUUUUGCCAUAUCAGCUAGAAUAGUGUUAAAACCGCUCAUCAGUACUCUACAUGCAUGGAAUUACACAGCCCAAAGGAGACUUCCACAGACACCAGGGUUGAAGCUCCUGACCGCAGGUGACGCUAACCUCUUACUCCUUAAGAACAUUUAGUGCACGUUAGAUCACGUAGAGAAGAAGAAUGGCGUCCUGUUAGAACCAGGAAGCACGGGCAGCCUGGGUUUCUGUUAAGAGCCCCCUCUGUGCUCUUUCUUGUUUCUGUUUCCAGUUUCCUGACAUUAACACUGGUGGUACUAGCUAAUGGAAACUGGGUGGUAUGAAUUCUGUGAGAAGCACAGACUCUGAAGGGCUGUGUUCAUUCUGGUGUUGGGAUGAUGGCGUCCUGGUCCAAGGACAUCCACUGAGUGUGGUGGCUGAUGACUGGUCAUAUUCACAGUCAGAAAGUUGAGACAUCACAUUGGAAAUCACGAGCACCCACUUUCCAAAGCAGAGACUCUGUUAAUGUUGUAAACGCACCUAAAUACCUCAACUCUCUGGGCUGAGAGAAGGCGCUUCAGGCUUGUAAGAGGGCGGCUAAUGUACUCAAUCCACGAAGUCACACCAUCCAGACCCGACAUGCUAGAUUUUCUCACUGUGAGAAAGUAACACAACCAUUCAAUUCCUAUCCCAAAGUUAUAAAUACGAUCUGUAAAUUUCACUAACUUGGUUCCGUUGCGUUUGGUCCUUAACGAGUAUAACUUGCAUUUGCAGAUGGUGAUUUCUGGUGUGUUCUCUGCUGCUUCCCUUUUCCUGUAUGAAAUUGCUGUAUUGUUACUGUGUGUUCGUUUUGUGGUUCCUAACUCCCAUUGGUGCACCAUACAAUGGGGUAUUGUAAUGUUCCUUGACGAAAGAGAUAAUAUGCACAUGUACUAUAAAGUGUGUUUUAUUUUCAAAUGACUGUGGUGUUGAUAAUAUUUUGAUUUAUCAAAAUACUAAGGGAAAGUUAUAAAUUUACCAAAAUGUGUAUAUUUUAAUAAAUGCAUAAAGCUUUAUUGUGUGCCUUUACAUUUAAAUUUUUGGUUAUUAAAAAGAAAGUCAGAAACAAAA